UUAAGCAAGGAAGCAGCAGCGCGAGAAGAGUUCAGCACAGAGGAACAUGGCGUCCAUGAUGGGAGAAGACUUCGUGGAGGCCUACGUGCUCAAGAACGCCUACAAGGAGAAGCUCAGGCGCAUGGACCAAGCCGAAGCGGCGGCCGCGGCGCUCGACGGCGCGAGGAGCGGCAAGGACAUGGAGGCCGCCGGUGCUGCUGGAGAGAAGAAGGCUGCUGCUGGUGGCGCGUGCAGCAGGGGAGGCUUCUUUGGCCUCAUGAAGAAGAAGGUGCACCCCAAACCCAAAGCAUCGGCGGCGACUUCCUCUUGAUUAUAUUACUGUAGUACUUGCCAUGCCACGAAAUUGUAAGCCGCAGCUCGUAGAACUGGCCGCAGCUUUCUCAUAGCUAGGAGCGCGCGCGCGCGCGUGUGUAAGUUUGUUCUUUCGAUCAGCUUCUCUUGGAGGAGUGUGUAAAGCAAGUUCUUUUGUUAAUUGGUCAAAACAAGUUGACAGAAAUUAAGUCAAGGAUAAUCCUUCAUUAGUUGGGUUGACCUC